AUGCCACCAAAAAGAAGAGCUCAAGCAUUUUCGGGCAAGAAGAAGAAAGAACAGCUCCAGCAAAAGAGAAAAGCUUCGAAAUCUUCCAUCCCAUCUCAUGCCGAAUUUCUCCUUUCUUCUUCCGCUCCUGUAGUUCUAGAGAAGCCCGAAAGCAGAAAGAAAGAAGCCGAAAAAGUCUCCAAAAGCGAAAAAUACAAGUUGCUUUUUCAAAACGAAACGAGGGAAGAACUCGAUUUAGCGAAAAGGCGAGCCCAGAACGAAACCAUCCGACUUGGUCAAACCGCACGUGAUCUCUCUGUUGCUGAUAUUUACAGUGAAGUGAUAAAUUAUCCAAAAAGGCCGGAUUGGAAAGGAGAAACGGAUGCCAAGAAGAUUGAUGAAAUAGAAAGAAAGGAAUUUGAUGAUUUUGUUGAAAAAAUUCAUGAAGAAUAUCAAGGCCGAAACUUGAGUUAUUUCGAGCACAACAUCGAAACCUGGCGUCAACUGUGGCGAAUUACCGAGCUCUGCGACGUCAUCUGCAUCGUCGCGGACUUUUCCUCCCAAAUUGGACCGCUAGAACUCGGCGAAGCGAUCCAAGAAAUGUUCCCCGACUACCCACUCGACCAGUGGAUUGAGCAGUUGAAGACGAUCGCGAAGGGAGAGCAACCUAGAGAGUCAAGAUUUGAAGACAAUGAAAAAGAAGUCAUCAAAGUCGGGUUCGUGGGCCAUACGAAUGUGGGUAAAUCAUCGAUAAUGAACUCGCUUGUCGGCGAAAAGCAUUUCUCGAUGUCCAUUCGUCCAGGACACACAAAAGAGCUACAAACUUGGAAUGUUUCUGAGCAUGUGCAGCUAGUUGACUCUCCUGGAAUAAUCUUCCCAUCAACAGUUUCUCGACAGCUCCAAGUUCUUUCUGGCCUUUUCCCUGUUGAUCAAGUUCGAGAGCCAUAUUCUGUCAUUGGAUACUUGGCAGAGCGAGUCAACCUCGUUUCCGCGUUCCACCUGAAGCACAUCUCCGACGAACUGUACUGGACAGCCUGGGACAUUUGCGAAGCCUUCGCAAAAAAGAAAAACUUCAUGGUCGCGAAACGAGCGUAUCCUGACGCGUACCGAGGGGCGAAUUUCAUUCUAAGAAUGGCAGUUUCUGGCCAACUCGUUUUGGCAUUUGAGCCGCCCGGAUUCGAAGCGGCGGAGUUUGAAAAUGACCCGGAAGUAAAGAAGAUAAAAGCACUGGCGAAUAAGGAGCAGUUUUAUCGACGAGAAAAUGAGCUGGAAAAGAAUCAUCGCUGGAAGCACAUGAAAAAGAAACAGCUCGACUCGCUCAAACGCCAUUUUCCGAAUCUCGAAGUAACAAGCCAGCGAUUCAAUUCAAAUACCGACAGAAGCGGUGCCGAAUAUACAGUUCUCAAAGGGACGAUUCCAGCGCCAUACAAAGGAAAAACCUAUAACUACUCGAUUCAAAUAUUGCUUCCACUGACGUUUCCACAAGACCCACCCUUAGCAAAAGUCGUGCCCACUGACGGGAUGAGAGUAAUACCGUCGGAGUAUGUCGCUAGAACCGGUCAUAUCUCUACUCCCUAUCUCCAAAACUGGAACAUCAAGUGUUCGCUAAUCGAGCUCUGCCAGACCCUAUCAACCCUUUUCUCCCACUGUCCGCCGCUAGUCAUGAAGGAAAGCUCCUCUUCUCGCAAAAAAUCCCUUCCAAAGCUCGACUACAUCCCCGAAAGCGCCGCCCAAACCCAAGAAGCAUUCCUCGCUUAUGUCCGCGACAACAUCGAUCUCGUCAAGUUCGAACUCGAGUGCGGCAUUUGCAAGCUCUUUUUCAACCGAGAAGAAAGGAAGAGAACGGUGCUUUCAACCUGCGGCCAUCAGCUUUGCCAAGAGUGCUCCAAAAAACUGCCAAGGAAAUUGUGUCCUUACUGCUCGCAAGAAUUUCGUGAUGAAAAUCUUGUUGUUACUUUUUAA